CCCAUCUCCUACUCAAGACCUGUACUUAGCAUACUCGCGAUCCGUUCCUAAAACAACAUUCAUCAUUAAAUUCUACCUUUCCGGUCCUUUUCACAGAAAUCCAUCUUCACCAUGGACGCCCAGACUCAGGUCGAUAUUAGCAAGCUGAAUGAUGCCGACAAGAACGAACUGAGCCAGAUGUUGGCAAACGAGCAACAAAAGGCCACAAUGCAGCAAACUGUCCAUUCGUUGUCCGAUAUUUGCUGGAAGAAAUGUAUCGCGGGAAAGAUCUCGUCAGGUCGCCUGGAACAAAAUGAGGAAACAUGCGCGCAGAACUGCGUUGAGCGGUGGAUGGAUUCGAACCUUGCGAUCCUGAAGCAUCUCGAAGCUCUUCGUGGAUAAGAUGUAUAAUCUUUGUCUUCUACUUUUUUCAACGAAAAGCAGCGGGCUCAUGCAUAGAGCACGUCUGCCGUCACCCUGCAUGUAAACGGGUACCUCAUGUACUAUAUCAAUCAUACCAAUAGAAAGGACGUGC